AUGUCUGACCGCAGAGAUGUUCAGACCGCGUCUUCCAGCUACAUCAUCCGCGACAGCGCCGGACGCCCUGUGAUGCACCCUCAUGCAGAAGCGUUCAUGCGCGGUCGUGCUACCCAGCUCAUUCCGCAGAUGCAUUUCAUCACUCGUAUCAUGGCCAUGGACGCCGAGUUCCAGACCAUGGACGACGAAGAAAGCGGCACUUCCGCAUCUGUCAUCGGACGCAUCUCGAUCGUCAACUACGACGGCAAGACGAUCUAUGACGUGUUCGUGUACUUUCCGGAGGAAGAAGGCAGGCUCAUGAAGCUACCACCGCAGAGCCUCCACCUUGGCGUCACCUACAGGGACAUCAAGCCUCAGUUCGGCGCGAUCCCAAUCGCAGAGGCCAAAGAAGACCUCCGCAAGAUCAUCGACGGCAACAUCAUUGUGGGUCAUUCGAUUCACAACGAUAUCGAUGCUAUCAAAGCCAGUGGCAUCGACGACAUCCUCGACUGCGCUUGGAGCUUCCGCGACACCCAGAACCAUGCGUACUAUGGCGCACGUCUCGGCAACAAUCAGCCGGGCCUGAAGAACCUCUACAAGGCCAUGGUCGGAAAGAGCAUUCAAGGCAGGGAGCACUCCUCUGUCGAAGAUGCUCAAGCAACUAUGGAGCUGUAUCGUCUCCGCGAAGCCGAGAUCGAACGCGAGCAGGCAGGCUGGGACUUCUGGUUGGAGCCACCAAGAUCCCAGGACGACAUUCUCGACGAGCUGCUCAAUGGCCCAGACUACUCCAAUGGUACUCCACCUCCAAAGAGGCUGCCCCGCGCUUUCAGGGUCGCUCAAGAGCAGGCAGACUCGGCUGCCGCUGCUAAAGCGUAUCGAUUCAAGAAGGACGACGCUCAUCGCAAGACACCAGCAGUUGCAGCGGGAAGCAAACAACCCGCCACGAAGGAGUUCGACACCUCGGCUGCGGCACCAUCCCCAAUUUCGAUUGCCCGCAAGGACAGCCUCAUGCCUCCAGACAGCACUACCUCCGAUGGCACCUCUGAGAAGGACUGCGGACACUCGAAGACCUCGUCGCUGGCCAGAUCGCUACACUCCACUGCGCCAUCCACGAUCUCCACCAAUUCCGCUCACAUCUCUUCCGUCGCUGCAAUGCGAGUGCCCUCGCCCAGUCGGGUCAAUCAGCUACCGGCAGUAGCUAUGAGCGCUGCGAAGAGGAAUGCCGCUAUCAAGAUCGCAUACCCGCUGGACCCGAACAUCCACGCUCGCAAGAACAUCACCAUGGGAACUACCUCGAUCAAGCAGAAGAAGGCCGACCCGAUUGUCCACGCUCGAAAGGGUUUCACCACCGAGUCUACUGUCGUCAAGGAGAAGAAGGUCGACCCACUCACUACUACUACUGCAGUAGAAGCGAGCGGAAAGUCCUGGUCCCAGGUCGCUGUCACGAAGGACAAGAAUGGGGCUGUCGAUAACUUCGCGCGAGCACCUGCCAAGACCGUCUUUCGCAAGCGCAACUAA